UUCGGGCGUGGAAAAUGUCGUAAAAAGCCACAAUGCGCAGGCGUCGUCGCUCACUUUUCCCCGCCCGGCUUCCGCCCCACUUGACGCCUGCUCGAUAAAGCAGCCGGGCGCAGUGUGGUAGCUGCCCGAAGCCAGUGAGUCGCGGCGCUGCUUAACGGCGGGUGGGUCAGUGCCUCGCGCCGCUCGGUUGUUACAACGAGGCGCUGAGGGCCGUCAGGUCGGGCGGCGCGAGUGUAUCCUGGUUCGCUGGCUCCUAGGUCUUUGACCAGCCGAGAUGUCGAUCUUCACCCCCACCAACCAGAUCCGCCUAACCAAUGUGGCGGUGGUACGGAUGAAGCGCGCCGGGAAGCGCUUCGAAAUCGCCUGCUACAAAAACAAGGUCGUCGGCUGGCGGAGCGGCGUGGAAAAAGACCUUGAUGAAGUUCUGCAGACGCACUCAGUGUUUGUAAAUGUUUCUAAAGGUCAGGUUGCAAAGAAGGAAGAUCUCAUCAGUGCGUUUGGAACAGAUGACCAAACUGAAAUCUGUAAGCAGAUUUUGAUUAAAGGAGAGGUUCAAGUAUCAGAUAAAGAAAGACACACACAACUGGAGCAGAUGUUUAGGGACAUUGCAACUAUUGUAGCAGACAAAUGUGUGAAUCCAGAAACAAAGAGACCAUACACCGUGAUCCUCAUCGAGAGGGCCAUGAAGGACAUUCACUAUUCAGUGAAAACCAACAAGAGUACAAAACAGCAGGCUUUGGAAGUAAUAAAGCAGUUAAAAGAGAAAAUGAAGAUAGAGCGAGCUCACAUGAGACUUCGGUUCAUCCUUCCAGUGAACGAAGGGAAGAAGCUGAAAGAAAAGCUCAAGCCACUGAUCAAGGUCAUAGAAAGUGAAGAUUAUGGCCAACAGCUAGAAAUCGUAUGUCUGAUUGACCCGGGUUGCUUCAGAGAAAUUGAUGAGCUAAUAAAAAAGGAAACCAAAGGCAAAGGUUCUUUGGAAGUGCUCAACUUGAAAGAUGUGGAAGAAGGAGAUGAGAAAUUUGAAUGACGUCCAUCAAUCUCUUCACCUCUAAAACACUAACGUGUUUUCGUUUCCCACGGCACUGUUUCAUGUCUGUGGUCUGCCAAAUACAUGUUCAAACUAUUUGACAUUUUCUAUCUUUGUGUUAACAAUGGACACGGCAAGGCUUUCCUACAGAAGCAUAAUAAUGUGGGAAUGAUUAAGUUUUAAUUAUAAGCUGGGGUCGGAAUGCUAAAGCAAAAUUGAAACUCCAAGGUGCAGAGUCCAGAGUAGCACUUUGCUACUCUGUCUCAUCCCUUGGUAGCUUUCCAAAAUGAAAGUUAUUUGAGGCAACUCUUGUGGGUAAAAAGUUAUUUGUACAGUAGAGUAAGAUUAUUUGAGGGGUAUGUCUAUACAACAACAGGGGGAGUCUUUACUAAAAAAUAAACAUGAUACUUCAUUUCUACUUAAUGGAACUUGUGUUAUGAAGGUCAUUAUGGUGUCAUAAUGUAAAGUUUGGAUGAUGUUCCUGAUUACCUGAGAAACAGAUAUAGAAAAACUGUAUAGGACUUAAAUAAUAUUCAUUGAACAUGCUGCCAUAACUUAGAUUAUUCUUGGUUAAAAAAUAAAAGUCACUUAUUUCUAAUUCUUAAAGUUUAUAAUAUAUAUUAAUAUAGCUAAAAUUGUAUGUAAUCAAUAAAACCACUCUUAUUUUUAUUAAACUA